CAGUUGGCAUGAACAAUGCAUGAAAUAUGCAAGUUCCAGGGUUCAAACCCCGGCCACCGCAAAAGAAAAAAAAAAUUAUACAAUCAUUUUAUAAUAACUUUUUUAACAAUUUUUCUUUAAUACUCCCAUUAUGUUUUAAUUUUCUAUCUUUUUUUUCUCUAUUGUUUUUUAUCAAUAAAAAUAAAGAAAAAUGAAAUUGUCAUAAAAAAUUAUCUCAAAUGAUCGUUCAUAUAUUACUGCUCACAUAAAAAUAGUCACUCUGAAAGUACCUAAACAAAUUUCUCAUGAUAAGAUCAAAGAAGAUACUUGUUGAAGUUUCAUACUUAUCCAUCAAAAUAGGACCCACCCAUUCAUCUUAAAAAAAGACAAGACAACCUUAACCACUUUUGUUCACUCUGGGGACCUCAAGAUUUUGGUGUAGAAUCACACGAAGAAGAAGAAAAUGUUGGGAAUUUUCCACAAAGGUCUUGCUAAUCCACCUGAAGAGCUGAAUAGCCCUGCAUCAUACAAAGGCUUAAAGAAACCUAAGCUUCCUGAAGAAAUUCUCAGAGAAUUCAUUUCUCAUCAUCCUGAUAAUACUUGUUCUAUGAACUUUGGAAAAGCUGCUCUUGCUUAUGUUAGACCUGAUAAGCCUUUUUCUGUUCAUCAAAGGUUGUUCUGUGGGCUUGAUGACAUAUACUGUUUGUUCUUGGGGAGUUUGAACAAUUUAUCCUUACUGAACAAGCAAUAUGGUUUGUCAAAGGGAACUGAUGAAGCCAUGUUUCUGAUUGAAGCUUAUAGGACACUCCGUGACCGUGGUCCAUAUCCACCAGAUCAAGUUGUCAAGGAACUUGAUGGCAGUUUUGCCUUUGUUGUCUAUGACAGCACAUUUGGAACUGUUUUUGCUGCACUGGGUUCUGAUGGUGGAUUGAAGUUGUAUUGGGGUAUUGCAGCUGAUGGAUCUGUUGUGAUCUCUGAUGAUCUUAAUGUUAUACAAGAGGGUUGUGCUAAAUCCUUUGCUCCUUUUCCAGCAGGGUGUAUGUUUCAUAGUGAAGGAGGUUUAAUGAGCUUUGAGCAUCCGUUGAACAAGUUGAAGGCAAUGCCAAGGAUAGACAGUGAAGGAGUGAUGUGUGGGGCCAACUUUAAGGUUGAUAAGUUCUCAAGAGUCAACAGUAUUCCUCGAGUUGGUAGUGAAUCCAAUUGGAUGGAAUGGGAGCAACAUUAGAUCAAGAUGUAAAUGUAAAUAAAAAACUUUAUGGUUCAUGUAAAAUAAAAAUGUACUACUGUGCUUCAUCAAUGCUACUUUCCUAGCCAACCCUACCACCACCUACCUUGCCUUAUCCUUUUGAAUUUGUCCUGUUUUGGUUUCUUGUGUUUGUGUAGUUUUUCUGUUUCCUUCUAAGCAACAAGGUAGUGAAGUGUUUUUAAGUACAUAUAUAGUGUUGUGUUA